AUGAAGGCUUUGGCUGUUGUUCGUCCCCCAAGCAUUUGCCCAUGGCCUCCCCAGUCCUUACCCAAAUCUCAGUAUCUCCGAAGCCAACACUUUCGGGCCUCGUCCUCUUUGAUAAAAGAGCCUCAAUCCGAAAUACAGGCGAAGCAAGAGAAGAAGGGUGGAGUGAUGGAUGAAGUGUUUCUGAAUUUGUUUAGGAAGAAAAUGGUGGAGGAAGUUGGAUGGGAUUCCCGAAAACCCGGAUAUGAUGGACUCGUUGAAGUUGCAAACCGGCUUAUGCUCAAAAGUCCGACCAAUUCUCACACUAAAGAAGCUGCGGUGAGAAUACUGAGAUCCCUGUUUCCACCAAUGCUGCUACAACUUUAUAAAUUGCUAAUAGCACCCAUACAAGGCGGAAAAGUAGCUGCCAUCAUGGUUGCAAGGGUGACUGCAAUUACUUGUGAAUGGCUCAUGGGACCCUGCACUGUUAAUUCUGUCGACCUACCCGACGGCACCUCGUGGAAUAGUGGGGUGUUUGUAGAGAAAUGUAAGUACUUGGAGCAAAGCAAAUGCGUCGGAAUAUGUGUGAAUACUUGUAAGCUUCCUACUCAGGCUUUCAUGAAAGAUUACAUGGGUGUUCCUUUAGUGAUGGAGCCAAACUUCAGCGACUAUAGCUGCCAGUUUAAAUUCGGGAUUGUCCCUCCGGUUCCUGAAGAUGAUGCCACUCUCAAGGAGCCGUGCUUGGACAUCUGCCCUAACGCCACACGGCGCAGAGAAUUCGCCGGAAACAUUAAUGUACAGCAAUGCCCCAAGGCAUGA